AUGUCUUCACGCUCCUCUACACCACUACAGCUCGUCAACGACAGCAACCAUGUCGGCCCGGGCCACGACUUCCUCGUGCGCCCCUUUGUUUGCAAGUACGACCACUGCGACCGCGCGUUCGCCCGCAAGAGCGACCUCGCGCGUCACUUCCGUAUCCACACAAACGAGCGUGAGUUGACAACUUCGACUGCCUUGCUAACUUCCAGCACUGGUGAGCGCCCCCACCACUGUGAAACCUGCAACAAGGCUUUCGCCGACUCGUCUUCUCUCGCUCGUCACCGCAGGAUCCACACCGGAAAACGCCCUUACGGAUGCAAGGUUCCGGGCUGUGGCCGCCAGUUUGCUCGCCGCAACACCUACCUCAAGCACUUCAAGAGGCAGCACCCCGAUCUUCCUCCUCCCACCUCUAGCUCUGUCCGCGCUCUUCACGUGCCCAACUACCGCCCCACAGGCUUCAUCCCCGGUGCGCCUGGUGCGAUUCCCGCUCCUGGCAGCGACUCGCAGGACUACAGCGCCAACUCGUCGGUGUCUGGUCACCCUCACGCCUUCGCCGCCUCUCACCCGCCAGAGGGCGCGGCGUACUACGGCGGCGGGUUUGUCAACGGACAACUCCACAGCAGCCAGCUCGCCGCUCCCGGUGGUGGCGCCCGCCUCUUCUUCCACCCGACUGACCCCGCCGGACAGGGCGCCUACCCCGGACUUCAGCACCACACUCCCCAGGGAGACGCGUCAAACCCGAGCCACCAGACCAGCCCCUCUGACCGCACCCCCGGCGGCGACCUCCAGGGCAACAGCAACGGCCUCACCUACGGCAACGACCAGACCGCUCAGAACGGUCAGCUCGUCAGUCCGGACUACACCAACGGCACCGAGUCCGUGUUUGCGAACCAGGAAGCGGUCGCGCGCAUGAACGGCGGCGGCAACGGCUUCAUGUUCAUGAAGCACGACCCGCACACCCUCCGCCAGUACGGCGCCCCGAUGCCGAUGGUUGGCGCCCCUUGGGUCGGUGGGGGUUUUGCUCCCGGCCAGCUGUCGAUCCCUUCGCAGCUCCCCCUCCAGCCCUCGUACUACCCUAAUGGCCAGCCCAAGAUGGAGAAUGGCAAGAUGCCCAACGGUCGUCUGUGCCAGUCGCCUCUGUCUGAGCGCGCUGCCAGCCCCGACCUUGUCGACAUCAACUCUGUCCCGACGAUCAAGUUCCAGCAGCCCCCCAACGGCUACGGAAACAUGCAGUUCUCGGUCGACUCGCACGGCAGCAUGGUUUCUCCCCUCACCACCGCCUCGAUGAUGCCCGGCACUCAGGGCCAGUUACACGCUGUUCCUCCCCACAUGCAGCGCUUCCACUCUGCUCCCGGCAUGCCCAUGAACCACUCUUGGAGCAACCCCGACCCCUUCAAGUGCUCGACUCCGGGUUUUGAGCAGCGCCCUCCUCAGCAGCAGCCGCCCUCAGUCCAGCCGCGAAGGAGUGAAGACGCCAACAGCACUCAAUGGGACGAGAACGCCGACGGCCAGACGAUGAGCCGGGAAAACUCUGCAAACGGAAACGACGACGCCUCUUCGAGCAAGGACGCCAAUGAACCCGCUCAACAGUCCAAGGUCGAGUGGGGACAAGCCCCCUCGUACCCUAAUGUUUCUGGUGUAGUUCCUCGUGGCUCGAUCCGUAUGUCUUCGGCCGCGUCAACCGCUUCGACGACCUCUUCGCUCAUGAACGUGACUCAGACUCCUCAAGGUCUCCCUCCUAUCAGUAUCUUCCCUCUUGGUGGCCAGGCGGGUCAGUUCAACAACCUCUCGUUCCCCAUGGGUCACCAAUGGCAGCAGCCUUUGCAAAAGCCGGAAGCCAUGACUCCGACCGUGAUCGGUAAGCCGAUGUUCGGCAACCCGCACAUGGAAGAGCAACUCGACGAGCAGACCAUCACUCUCGGAAGCCCCGUCCAGCACAAGGACCCUUCUCAGCGCGAUCGUCAAGUUAGCGGAGUCUCGGCUGUCGGAUUAGGUAUUGCCAACGUUACCUUUGACGAGAGCGGACUCGACGUCAAGGAGGAGCAGUGGGCUCCGUCCGAGAUUGGAACCGAUGGGGAGGACGAGCUCGAGUCGGAGGAGGAUGACGAGGACAACGACUCGGAUGACGACUUCAUGCCCGGCGCCAACGGCAAGAAGCGCGGCGCCACUACCACUGGUGCCAAGCGUGGCCGUGGCCGCUCCGUUCUCGGUCGGCCAGCUCUCAAGCAGAGGCGUAUCUCUGCCUAA